CAGUUGAGCUGCACUAACCUUGUGUGAGUGUGAGAGACUGUCCAAGCUCCACUCAACAGAAUGGCCCUCAUCACCAGGACAAUGCUACUUGCUGGGGGGAUACUGAGCUUCUAUGCACUCUGUGUCUCCACGCAAACCCCUGAAACAUCAUUCCUGGUGAUGUUUCCUGCCCACAUAACAUCAGGGUCUGAAGCCAAAGUCUGUGCCACUUUGCUGAGUCCCAACGAGACUCUGCUCAUGUCAGUCUAUCUGUCAGAUGGAGAGGAGAAGAAGCUUUUGCACCAGGAGACAUCAGACAAGGAAUUCCACAGCUGUUUCACCAUUCAGACUCCGUCUGUAAACAAGGACUCUGUGCAGAGCAUGACAGUGGAGGUGAAAGGUCAGACUAGUCUCUGGACGCAACAGAGACUUGUUAAAGUCCGCCGGAAACCUGCUCCCGUCACUUUCAUCCAGACGGACAAGCCCAUCUAUAGCCCCAGCCAGACAGUGCAUUUCAGGCUGGUCACCAUGGACACCAACUUCAUUCCCCUCAGUGAAACGUACAACCUUGUCUCUCUGGUGGAUAGCCGCCAGAACACAAUUGGACAGUGGCACAACUUGACAUCAGAGACAAAGAUAGUGCAACUCUCCUAUGGCUUAAACCCAGAGGCUCCAGAAGGCACUUACACCCUCAACGUAGCCGCUCAACAUGGCCAAAAAUCGCAUACAUUUGAAGUCAAACAGUAUGUACUCCCCAAGUUUGCAGCUGUUGUGAACACUCCAGAGAAGAUCAGUAUUGGCGCAGAAGAACUAAAACUGGAAGUCUGUGGCAAGUACACGUUUGGCCAGCCAGUGGCAGGGACCGCUUCCAUGUCACUAUGUCGGAAAGUCAGGCGACACUUUCGGAAACCAUCGAAAACCACCUUGAAACCACCUUGCUCUGCUGUUUCGCUAGAGAUGGAUGCCACUGGUUGUGCCUCUCACGUCUUCAGCAUGGCAUCAUUAUUCCAGACCAACAGAUUGUUUCAACAUGCUUUAACAUUCAAAGCUACUGUGGCUGAGGAAGGCACUGGUAUCACCAUGGAUGACAGCAAAGAUAUUCGCUUGGAAUACAAACUUGCAAAACUGACAUUUAUCGAUACACCAAAUAUAAUUGAGGAGGGAGCUGUCUUGAAUGGGAAGAUCAAAUUCACCCGUUAUGAUGGUGCCCUCAUCCCUCUCCAGACCAUUUAUCUAUUUAAAGGUCCGCAAUGGAGAGCAGAGCGCAUCCAGACCCUCACCACAGACUCUGAUGGAGUGGCCCAGUUCUCUCUAAACACUGCUACUAUCUCUGGAGACUUCGAACUCAUUGCAAGUGCAUUAGACAAUGUCAGGCAGCACAUCAGUUCAACUACUCCACAUUAUGGCUCUGCGUCCUUGUCCAUCUCCAAACUGAGGCCACCAUCUGCAGACAAACCCACGUCCAGCUCUCUGGCCAUCAGUCCUGUCAGUGGCACUCUACCCUGUGACACAGAGACCCCCAUCCCAGUCACGUACACCUUCGCUGGGGAGACCUUCAACAGCCACUCCCUGGACAUCAUGUUUAUGGUUUUCGCUAAAGGAGAGAUUGUCCAGCAUGGUGUCAUGCAGGUUCCAGUGACCAGUGGGCAGCAGGUCAUCAAAGGAAAAGAGUCCUUCAAGUUAUCUGUUCAGCCAGAGAUGGCGCCCUCUGUGCAUGUGAUGGUGUACUGCAUCUUACCCAGUAAAACGAUUUUGGCUGAAAGCAGAGAGUUCUCCACUGAGCGGUGCUUCAGAAACAAGGUGUCAGUGCAGUUCUCACCCCCUACAGCCGUCCCAGGGCAGAGGGGCUCUCUGCAGCUGUCUGCCCAGCCGGGCUCUCUCUGUGGCCUCAGCACCGUGGACCAGAGCGUCUUCAUCCUGGCACCCGGGAAACAGCUUGAUGCUCAAAAGGUGUUUGCAUUAUUACCAACGUUAAACUCCCAAAUUGAUGAUACUGUUGAGGACUUAAAGUGCGAAUGGGAGGAAGUCGCGUAUCCACAUGAUGGCCCUCCUGCAGUUCUUAAGAGAUUGGGACUGAAGGCUGUGACCAAUAUGGUUCUGCAGGGCCCGUGGUGUGAACCAAUCAUGUUUGAUGAUUUCGUAGACUAUGCGGAGGCACCUGAUGAAAGGGGGAGGGGAGGACCCAUCGCGCCCGAGCAUGAUGUUGAAGAUGCCAAUGAAGCUGCAAGUGUGACAGUCCGUACAGUCUUCCCUGAAACAUGGCUCUGGACCCUGGAGGAGGUGGGAGAGUCUGGGAAUACACAGAUCUCUGUCACCAUCCCCGACACCAUCACCAGCUGGGAGACGGAGGCCUUCUGCCUGCACCCCCAGGGCUUUGGUCUCGCCCCCCCAGUCCAGCUCACCGUUUUCCAGCCCUUCUUCCUGGAGCUGUCCCUGCCAUACUCCAUCAUCCGUGGAGAGACCUUCCAGCUCAAAGCCACAGUCUUCAACUACCUCCCCAAGUGCAUCAUGGUUACGGUGACUCCAUUCCCCUCCUCAGACUUCAGUCUGAGCCCCUCUGCUGAUGGCCAGUACUCCUCCUGUCUGUGUGCCAACGGCAGGAAGACCUUCAGCUGGACCCUGGUGCCCUCCACGCUCGGAUUGAUGAACAUUACUGUGGCUGCAGAGGCUACCUCCUCCCAGACCCUGUGUGGCAAUGAGUUGGUGACCGUGCCUGAGAGGGGCCGCAUUGACAUAGUCACACGCCCUCUGCUGGUCAAGGCUGAAGGAACAGAGAAAAUGGAGAGUUUCAACUGGCUCCUAUGUCCAAAGGGGGGCGCUCUAUCAGAGGAAGUGGAGCUGAAACUACCAGAAGAUGUCAUCAAGGGAUCGGCACACGCUUCGAUCUCUGUGCUGGGAGACAUUUUGGGUCGCGCCCUGAAGAACAUGGAGGGUCUCCUGAAGAUGCCGUAUGGCUGUGGAGAGCAGAACAUGGCCAUCCUGUCCCCAAACAUCUACAUCCUGCAGUACCUGCACAACACUGGCCAGCUCACCACAGACAUCAGAGAGAAGGCCACCAACUUCCUCAAGAGUGGAUACCAGCGACAGCUGAACUACAGACACAGUGACGGGGCCUACAGCACAUUUGGCAAAGGAGACGGUAACACGUGGCUAACUGCGUUUGUGAUGAGAUCUUUUGGAAAAGCAAAGUCCUUCACCUACAUUGACCCAGAGGUUCUAAAAUCUGCUGAGACUUGGCUCAGGAAUAAACUCAGGCCGUCCGGAGUUUUCCAUAUGCAAGGGAAUCUCUUCAACAACCGGAUGAAGGGAGGAGUAAAUAGUGACAUCACCAUUACUGCUUACAUCACAGCAUCAAUGCUGGAACUGGACAUGCCUGUACCCGAGACCACCAUGAGUUUCCUCAAGGCGUCCGUUAGUGAUCUGUCCAACAUGUACUCCACUGCCCUGCUGGCCUACACCUUCAGUCUGGCUGGAGAAGAAGAGAUCAGAGAUCAGCUGCUCAAACACCUGGACACUAUAGCGACCUCUAGUGGCGGCACUGCGCUACAUUGGUCUCCAUCCUCCUCAGAGCUGCCUGAUUCCCUGGCGGUGGAGACCAGCUCUUACGUGCUGUUAGCCGUCCUCACCAAACCCACACUGACCACUGCAGACCUGGGCGACGCCAGCAGGAUCGUCAGCUGGCUGGUGAAGCAGCAGAAUCCAUAUGGAGGCUUCUCUUCCACACAGGACACAGUGGUGGCACUGCAGGCUCUGGCCCUGUAUGCCACUGCCGUCUUCAGCCCACAAGACUCCAGCACUGUUACAGUGGAGGCACCAGGUGGCGCCAAACAGCAGUUUGAGGUGAACCAGCUCAAUGCCCUGCUGUACCAGGAGGGGGCGCUGCUGGAGCUUCCUGGGAAGUACAGCAUAGAGGCCAAGGGCUCCGCUUGCACCUCUAUUGGGGUGGCUCUUUUCUACAACGUCCCAACUCCCAGUGACAAGACCACCUUGGCUGUCACAGCUCAGGCCAAGCCGCGGACUGAGGGAGAGUGCAACAAGGCCACGGCACAGAUCCUCAAUGUGGAGAUCACUGUCACUUACCAUGGCACCCAGGAGAGCACCAACAUGGCCAUGGUAGAUGUCACCAUGCUCUCUGGCUUCAUUCCUGACCCCGGCUCUCUCGAACUUCUCAAGGGCAUCGAGUUGGUGGACAGAGUGGAGAAGAAAGACGACCAUGUCUUGAUCUACCUGUCCCAGGUCCAGAAGGGUUCACCUGCCGUCUACAAACUGGCCGUCCAACAGGAUGUCCCAGUGAGCAACCUGCAGCCAGCCCUGGUCAAGGUGUACGACUACUACCAGCCCAGUGACCAAUCCGAGGCUGAGUACUCAUACCCCUGCGCAUAAGAUGGCGUCCUGACCGUGUGUGUGUGUGUGUGUGUGUGUGUGUGUGUGUGUGUGUGUGUGUGUGUGUUAUUUUCACCUAGCGAGUUCUUCUUUUCAUGUUCCACCUGUAUAUAAACUCCUGGCUGCUCACUUCUCCAAAUUCAUAACUAUUCAAUAAAGAAAUUGCAUUGAGAAUUUCUUCUCUUGUGUUUCUUGACUCAAUUCC